AUGUGGGAACCGUUUGUCAACUGCUCGUAUUUCUUACUCCGGCCGGGACCGGGGGAGGCGCCUCCAGCUCAGCCCGCGGGAAUCCGGGACCUUUCCAGAGGCCCGACGGCCCUGGCGCACGGCGGCGCCCGCCUCGGUCCGCGCGCCACUGCCGCCGCUUCGGCCCCCGAGGCCGGCUCUCCGCUGCACGCCCCGGCGUCCCGGCCCAGCCUCCGCGCCCCUCCAAGCGCCCGGCGAAGCGCGGCCACCGCCGCUCCGCCGCCGCCGCCGCCGCCGCCACUCCCCCACAUUCCUGAGGCCGCAGCGCCGUCUCCUUCCUCGCAUUCCUGCCCCCACAAAGGAGUCCCUCCGCCCCCCGCGCGGCCGCCGGGAGGAGGGGGCGCGGCCCGGCGCCUCCGAGCGCGCAUUCCUCCGCCGCGCGCGCCACGAGGCCCGCGGCGCGCGGCGGCCCCCGAGCUCAGCGCGCAGCCUGCGGGCAGCCCGCGGGCCAGCCUGGCGGGCUCCGACGGCGGCGGCGGCAGCGCCCGCUCCAGCGGCAUCAGCCUGGGCUACGAUCAGCGCCACGGCAGCCCGCGCUCCGGCCGCUCGGACCCGCGUCCCGGCCCCGGGCCGCCGUCGGUGGGCAGCGCCCGCUCCAGCGUGUCCAGUCUCGGCUCCCGCGGCUCGGCCGGCGCCUACGCCGACCUGCUCCUGCCCGGCGCCGGCCCCGCGCCGACUCGCUCCCCGGAGCCUGCGGGGCCGACCCCCUUCCCUCUGCCUUCGCUGCAGCUGCCCGCGGGCCGAGAGGGCGGCCCGAGCGCGGCGGAGCGGCGGCUGGAGGCGCUGACCCGCGAGCUGGAGCGGGCGCUGGAGGCGCGCACGGCGCGGGACUACUUCGGCAUCUGCAUCCAGUGUGGGCUUGGCAUCUACGGAGCAAGGCAGGCGUGCCAGGCCAUGGGGAGCCUUUACCACACAGAUUGCUUCACCUGCGACUCCUGUGGCAGACGACUUCGAGGGAAGGCGUUCUACAACGUGGGUGAGAAAGUCUACUGCCAGGAGGACUUCCUGUACUCCGGGUUCCAGCAAACAGCUGACAAGUGUAGCGUGUGUGGACACCUCAUCAUGGAGAUGAUCCUGCAGGCCCUUGGGAAGUCCUACCACCCAGGCUGUUUCCGGUGCUCAGUGUGCAACGAGUGCCUGGACGGGGUGCCCUUCACCGUGGACGUGGAGAACAACAUCUACUGCGUCAGAGACUAUCACACGGUUUUUGCACCAAAAUGUGCCUCCUGUGCCCGUCCUAUCCUCCCUGCACAGGGCUGUGAGACCACCAUCCGUGUGGUGUCCAUGGACAGAGACUACCACGUGGAGUGUUACCACUGUGAGGACUGCGGGCUGCAGCUGAGCGGGGAGGACGGACGCCGCUGCUACCCCCUGGAGGGCCACCUGCUGUGCCGCCGCUGCCACCUGCGGCGCCUCCGGCCCGGCCCCCUUCCCUCACCUGCCGUGCACGUCACGGAGCUCUGAGCGCCGAAGGGGAGCCCCGCUGGGGCCGCGCGUGCGUGUGCGUGCGUGUGCGUGUCCGUGCGUGCGUGUGUGAGAGAGCGCGCCCGGGCGGGAUGGGUGACCAGGUCAGUGUCGCAGCUCCGUGUCCCGGGGGCGCGGCUGCCCCGCUUCCCCCCCCCCACCCCCCACAUGCCACCGAGCUGUCGUCCAAGGGGCCGGCCCCGGGGCGGAGCUGCUUCUAUUUAUUCACCGUCUGUGCCUCCUCCCGCCGCUUCCUUCCUUCCCGGCCCUGCCUGGCCCCCCCCCUCCCCGCCCCACGCCGGCCUUCCGUUC